AUGGCGUUGUGGAGGUUGACAUGGGCAACGGUUUUGGUGACUAUGACCACUGCUCAACUCAUGCGCAGGGACAAGCCCAAGAGGGAAUCAGGGGCUGUUCACUUGCAAGCAUCACUGCGUCACGCACUGGUAAAAGUCUCGGCGGAUCGUUUACUACAUGUUGAACAAAGUCUCCGUCCUAGUUAUGAGGCAUUUCCAAAAGAUGCGCGUGGCAAUCUGCCGCCUCACCAGGUCUUGCCAGCUCUGACGCGUGCUUACUUUGCAAAGGAGCAUGGUUGGCUUGUCCGUGGCCUGGAAACUCCAGGGGCACCAAUCAUAGCUCCUGGCGAGUCUCACCAGGAUGCACAUGUGGCUGUCACGGGUGGUGGGCUCUAUGAGGCCCAGAUUUUGAAGAGCAAGGCGCCAGAGCUUGCUGCCGCCUUGAAAGAUGCGGCUUUAGCACCAGCUGCAUCCUCAGCCGGCUUAUCUUUGGGAGACAUUUCGCGCACCAUUGCUGCGUUGGAGCAACUGCUGCUGGAAGAGUCUCUGCCGCUGUUGCGCGCCUCGUACUACCUCAACGGCUUUCUUGACCCCAUGGCCGAAUUGCCCCCUGCUUUGGAGGAGUCGCAGGUUCAGGAAGCUCUUCUGUCCUACCUUCUGCUUUUCCGGCACGGGCUGCCCAGAAAUUUAACGGACAUUGAGUCGCACCAACGCAUGAAGCAGCGCGCGAAGAAGACGGCAGACUGGCCACUUCUCUUGCACUUCGAGAGUCAAGUUCUACAUGAGAUCGUGCCAAAUCCAUCUGGCAAGAUUUCUUGGACACAGGCCAGUGAUGCUGUUUCAGCGGUUGCAAUGCGAUAUGGGCGCUGGCAGCAGUCGGAGUGCGAGGACAUGAAGUCAACUUUGAUGAAGAUGGACACGGGGGCUGGCCGAGUCCGGCUUGAAGACUUUCAUGGCUCCCCAAAGUAUCCGCACUACCAGUUCACUGAAAGAGAAGACUACUUGAGAAAGGCGGGCAUUCUCGUGAAUGAGGAGGCCGAUCAGUAUGUCUUGAUCGCAAAUUAUCUGCUUGGACCAUCCAACUGCAUUGCAUCUUCCGAGUACUUUGCAGUUUGCUGCUUGAAUGAGUGCGAGGAAGUUAUGAAUCGCUUUGAAGCAAUCUUGCGGGCUCCUGCAGCCACAGUUGCGCAAAUCAUGGAUGCCGCCGCGAGCGUGCAUGGCAAUUUCUCCCAGCUUCGCUCAGGGCUAGAAGAGGGUCUUCACUCGCUGUUGGACAACACUGGUGCGGUUGUGUUGCAUUCCCCUGGCUUCCGCAAGUGGCUCCAUGAGGCCUUUCCGUUGGAGUGCCCGCGCCUUACGGCACAAGAGGACGCGGCCGAGGAAGCAGAACUUGCGGAAGCCCGAGAGUGGUUGGAGAUGGAUGAAGCUGCGAGACAGAAAUGGCAGCCACUGGUGCUCCAUCCCUCUGAGUGCACUCGGGUUCCUGAAUGGCAUACUGAAGGGCUUGCUGAAGAAGCUCCCCCUGCAAUGCCUGCUGCGAUGCUGGAGGUCUAG